GAGAGGACCAGUGACGUCUCAUGGCCCAUAGCCCAUGGCCCGGUACAUGCAUGGACGGCCGGUGAGAUGCGAUUCAGGCCGUCGGGACUUGGGUCUGGCUCUGCUAGAACUGUCCGCCUGUUGCAUUGGCGGUCUCUUUUUCUCAAAGACCCGGCGCGCGCCUUGAUCAUAAACUCCGAGCUCCUUUCUCACAUCAGACGAACUGCUGCUUCUUAUUCUUCUCUUCCAUCCAUAAUAGUCUACCUUUAACCUCAUCUCUCCCACCUAUCUACCUGCCUGGCAUCCCUUCACGCGGGUCAACUACGACUUUGAACAACUCCGAACGCCGAAACCCACCGAAAGACUCCAGUCAACCUUGUUUCCGGUUGCGCGGUCAAGAGACAGACGACAAAAAGACCAGACGCGCAUUUUGCAGAAAACUGUACAGGAACGACAGACAGUUGCUGCUCGAUCGAACGACACCAGACCGCCGGUACAUAUCACCGAUACCAACGCCCUUGACUGAAGAUCCCAAGGAUCUCUCUCUUGCGCCGGCCUUUCCUCGCCCCCUUUUCACACCUUCAUUUACACAAACACACACAUCUACAGUCAGAAUGUCGUCGACCACGUCGUCACCAGGCGCCAAAAUCCAGCAGGCCGUCACCGAUAAGCUCCCUCACCUUCCCGAGACCAAGGAGGAGCUCAAGGCCGAGAUCAAAGCUGAGGCCAAGGCCGCCGCCUCCGCGGGCGCCUCCCAGCUAAGGUCUUUUGUUGCUGGUGGUUUCGGUGGUGUCUGCGCCGUCGUCGUCGGCCACCCCUUCGAUCUUGCCAAGGUCCGCCUCCAAACAGCCGAGAAGGGCGUCUACACCGGCGCCAUCGAUGUGGUCAAGAAAAGUAUUGCCAAGGAUGGUUUGAGGAGGGGUCUCUACGCUGGUGUCAGCGCGCCGCUUGUUGGUGUUACUCCCAUGUUCGCUGUCUCCUUCUGGGGCUACGAUCUCGGAAAGCAAAUCGUCCGGGCCACCUCCACCGUUGCGCCUGACGGCAACCUCUCCAUCGCCCAAAUCUCCGCCGCCGGCUUCUUCUCGGCCAUUCCCAUGACCGCCAUCACCGCCCCCUUUGAGCGCGUCAAGGUGAUUCUGCAAGUCCAAGGCCAGCAGAAGCUCGCGCCCGGCGAGAAGCCCAAGUACUCUGGUGGCAUGGACGUGGUCCGCCAACUCUACAAGGAGGGCGGCGUGCGCUCCGUCUUCCGCGGCUCCGUCGCCACUUUGGCCCGCGACGGCCCCGGUUCUGCCGCUUACUUCGCCGCCUACGAGUACAUCAAGAAGGCGCUGACGCCCAAGGACCCCGUCACGGGCGAGGCCAGCGGCAAGCUCAGCCUGGGCGCGAUUACUGUUGCUGGCGCGGGCGCCGGUGUCGCCAUGUGGAUCCCUGUCUUCCCGAUCGAUACCGUCAAGAGCAGGCUGCAGACCGCCGAGGGCAACGUGACGAUUGGCGGUGUCGUUAAGCAGCUGUACAGGGCGGGUGGUUACAAGGCUUUCUUCCCUGGCUUUGCGCCGGCGCUGGCUAGGGCGGUGCCUGCUAAUGCUGCUACCUUCUUGGGCGUCGAGUUGGCUCAUCAGGCUAUGAACAAGGCUUUUAACUAAGCUGAAGAAGGGGAUGAGAUGAGGAAGGGUGCUUGGAAAGCAUCGGGAUGUGCUAUGUAUAAGAUAUAUGAGGCUUGCUCUGGUCUAUAUAUACUUCUUGGUUGAGCCACGUCUGAGCGUUUCUAGGUCAAGGACAGAAAGAUAUCAUGUGAUGUUAUACAGUAUGGGCGGCAGCGGUGCCUGGGAGUUUGGUUUGUAUUUUGUUUAGAUAUUCUCUGGUUAGAUAAGGUAUACACGGGCCUUGUGUUAUGCCACCAAAAGUAUCGAGUUUCAUGAUAUGUC